UAAAAUUCUUUAUAAAUUAGAAUCCAAUAAGACCAUCUAAAAUCCCAAACCACUAACCCCACUUACUUUUACUAUAUAAGAUGUUACAUUUUCUGUUUAGAGUUUCCUCUAAUUAAUACUAAGCCUUAAAAAAAAGAUUUUGACGCAAUAAUCAUCAAUAUAUAAUCAUUUUGUCUUUCUCCAUCUGCGUUGUGAGAGAAGAUGUGUAGUGAAUCGGUGUCGUUGAAGACAAUGAAGAAAAAAGAUGGUCUAAGUUGGAUUGAUUGGAUGAGAGGAUGGGUCAAUGUUACGCAAGAGAUUCUUUUUCAGAGAAUAAUGGCUUCUCACUUACACAAUCCAUUACCUCUGCCUUCUUUAAACCACUUAACUUGCAUUGUCACUGGCUCCACUAGUGGCAUUGGCUCCGAGACUGCUAGGCAGCUUGCGGAGGCUGGUGCUCAUGUUGUUAUGGCGGUAAGGAACAUAAAAGCAGCUUAUGAGCUGAUUCAACAAUGGCAGACCAAGUGGUCUGCUAGUGGUAAGGGACUCCCACUUAAUAUUGAGGCGAUGGAACUUGAGCUUCUAUCUCUAGAUUCCGUAGUCCGAUUUAGCAAUGCAUGGAACGCACGGUUAGCCCCAUUGCAUGUUCUGAUUAACAAUGCCGGCAUGUUCGCUAUGGGAGGGGCACAAAGAUUCUCAAAAGAUGGUAAUGAACAACACAUGCAAGUGAACCAUUUAGCUCCAGCGUUGCUUUCACUACUUCUUUUGCCUUCGCUAAUCCGAGCUUCCGGAAGUCGAAUCAUUAACGUCAGCUCUGUUAUUCAUUAUGUUGGUUUUGUCGAUCCGAAUGACAUGAAUGUUGUUUCUGGUGAACGAAAGUUUUCAAGCUUGAUAGGAUACUCGAGCAGCAAACUCGCUCAGGUUAUGUUUAACAAUAUUCUUUUCAAAAAACUGCCUAUAGAGACCGGCAUUAGUGUCGUCAGUUUAUCUCCCGGUGUUGUCCAAACAAACGGUACGAGAGAUCUUCCAAGAUUCAUCCAAGAACUUUACUCAGCCUGGCCAUAUUUUAUAUUUUCACCACAAGAAGGUUGUAGAAGUUCACUCUUCUCAGCGACAGAUCCUCAGGUUCUACAGCAUUACCAUAAGCUAAAAACCAAUGAGAAAUCUGUUUGCACGUUAUUCAUCUCUCAAAAUUGCAAACCCACAAAUUGUUCCGAAGAAGCUCACAACGUAGAAACAGCGAGCAAAGUUUGGGAAAAGACACUAGAGAUGAUUUGUCUUCCUCUUGAUGUAGUGGAAAGGCUUAUAGAAGGACAAGAAGUUCCAAUUAAUUUGUGACUAGAAACUAGUCUCGUUCAAUAGGAAUAUUUCAAUCAUAUUACUGUAUGCAUGUAAGAAUAUUAUAACUAAAUAAUGGGCUUAGUCGCCUGAACUAGAUUUAAAGGCCAAUCGUUUGUUCUAAAUUUUUGA